AUGGCCAGUGCUUCUUCUAAAGGUCGACCAUUCAUCAUCGUCAUAGCUUCAUAUCCUCGAAGAACUUUCGCAGGCCAUCAAAAACCUCCAAGACCAGGAUCAGGGCGCCCUACUGUUUGGGCACCAAAAACUAGAAUUGCUGUUGGCAUUGUCUUUAUUACUGCUUUAAUCUACAAUAUGGUACGGAACAUUCGAUCAAUGCUCAAGCCUCGUGCUUCACUUACACCUCAACAGGCAACAGAAGAACCGGCCAAGUUGGACGCCCCUACCAUUGCAGAACGGGAUACUCUCACCAAACGUGAAUCCGGCGUUACCGAGAAUUCACCUAUGCGAUUGCGAAUGGAAGAAUUCAUUAAACAACAGCAAAAGGAAAUUGUGCAUGAAUUGGAACAGGUUGACGGCAAGAAGUUUCGAGUUGAUACAUGGAAUCGGGAACAUGGCGGAGGAGGGAUCUCUUGCGUAUUACAAGACGGCAAUGUUUUCGAAAAGGCAGGAGUAAAUAUCAGCGUGGUAUACGGAACGUUACCUCGAGCUGCAAUUGAUAAAAUGCGAGCCAACCACAAGUCCAUCGCUCCUGAUGUCCAAUCCCUCGACUUUUUUGCUGCAGGAUUAAGUAUGGUUCUGCAUCCGGUCAAUCCUAUGGCGCCAACGGUCCACCUUAACUAUCGAUAUUUCGAGACCGAAAACUCGGAUGGAUCUCCUGCCGCAUGGUGGUUUGGUGGAGGGACGGACCUAACACCUAGUUACCUAUUUGACGAAGAUGCUAUCCAUUUCCACAAGACGAUUAAAGAAGCAUGCGACAGUCAUGAUAAAGAAUACUAUCCUCGAUUCAAGAAGUGGUGCGAUAACUAUUUCUCCAACAAGCAUCGAGGGGAAACGCGGGGUGUUGGAGGAAUUUUCUUUGAUGAUUUAGAAGAAGGAAAGGAUCAGGAAAAUCUAUUUGCAUUUGCGCAAAGUUGUUUAAAAGCUUUCCUUCCCUCAUAUCUUCCCAUCAUCAAUAAGAGGAAAGAUAUGCCAUUUACCGAAAAAGAAAAGGAGUGGCAACAAAUUAGGAGGGGUCGAUAUGUGGAAUUCAACCUGGUACAUGAUAGAGGCACAGCAUUCGGUUUAAAUACACCAAGUGCGAGAGUUGAGAGUAUUUUGAUGAGUUUACCUUUGACGGCUAGUUGGAGAUAUAUGUAUGAACCAGAGAAGGGGAGUAGGGAACAGAGAUUGGUGGAUGUUUUGAGGGAACCUAGGGAGUGGGUUUAG